ACAGUAGCAACAAGUGCAACGUCAAGCACCUUGGAAAGUACAUCUGCGAACUCUACCCAGACGGAGAUGACCACAUCUCAAGCUUCCACAGUUUCCGAGGAAACUACUUCAACAACUAGCCCCACCUCUACCCAGACGGAGAUGACCACAUCUCAAGCUACUAGCCCCACCUCUACCCAGACGGAGAUGACCACAUCUCAAGCUACCCAGACGGAGAUGACCACAUCUCAAGCUUCCACAGUUUCCGAGGAAACUACUUCAACAGAAGCAACAAGUGCAACGUCAAGCACCUUGGAAACUACAUCUGCGACUAGUGUUCCAACUACAGAAUCAUCUGAAGCGACAGUGACAGGGCCUACUAGUGUUCCAACUACAGAAUCAUCUGAAGCGACAGUGACAGGCGCUACCAGUGUUCCAACUACAGAAUCAUCUGAAGCGACAGUGACAGGCGCUACUAGUGUUCCAACUACAGAAUCAUCUGAAGCGACAGUGACAGGCGCUACUAGUGUUCCAACUACAGAAUCAUCUGAAGCGACAGUGACAGGCGCUACUAGUGUUCCAACUACAGAAUCAUCUGAAGCGACAGUGACAGGCGCUACUAGUGUUCCAACAACAGAAUCAUCUGAAGCGACAGUGACAGUCGCUACUAGUGCUCCAACUACAGAAUCAUCUGAACCGACAGUGACCGGCGCUACUAGUGUUCCAACUACAGAAUCAUCUGAAGCGACAGUGACAGGCGCUACUAGUUUUCCAACUACAGAAUCAUCUGAAGCGACAGUUACAGGCGCUACUAGUGUUCCAACUACAGAAUCAUCUGAAGCGACAGUGACAGGCGCUACCAGUGUUCCAACUACAGAAUCAUCUGAAGCGACAGUGACAGGGCCUACUAGUGUUCCAACAACAGAAUCAUCCGAACCGACAGUGACAGGGCCUACUAGUGUUCCAACUACAGAAUCAUCUGAAGCGACAGUGACAGGCGCUACUAGUGUUCCAACUACAGAAUCAUCUGAAGCGACAGUGACAGGCGCUACCAGUGUUCCAACAACAGAAUCAUCUGAAGCGACAGUGACAGGGCCUACUAGUGUUCCAACUACAGAAUCAUCUGAAGCGACAGUGACAGGCGCUACUAGUGUUCCAACAACAGAAUCAUCUGAAGCGACAGUGACAGUCGCUACUAGUGCUCCAACUACAGAAUCAUCUGAACCGACAGUGACCGGCGCUACUAGUGUUCCAGCUACAGAAUCAUCUGAAGCGACAGUGACAGGCGCUACUAGUUUUCCAACUACAGAAUCAUCUGAAGCGACAGUUACAGGCGCUACUAGUGUUCCAACUACAGAAUCAUCUGAAGCGACAGUGACAGGCGCUACCAGUGUUCCAACUACAGAAUCAUCUGAAGCGACAGUGACAAGGCCUACUAGUGUUCCAACAACAGAAUCAUCCGAACCGACAGUGACAGGGCCUACUAGUGUUCCAACUACAGAAUCAUCUGAAGCGACAGUGACAGGCGCUACUAGUGUUCCAACUACAGAAUCAUCUGAAGCGACAGUGACAGGCGCUUCCAGUGUUCCAACAACAGAAUCAUCUGAAGCGACAGUGACAGUCGCUACUAGUAUUCCAACUACAGAAUCAUCUGAAGCGACAGUGACAGGCGCUACUAGUGUUCCAACUACAGAAUCAUCUGAAGCCACAGUGACAGGCGCUACCAGUGUUCCAACUACAGAAUCAUCUGAACCGACAGUGACAGGCGCUACCAGUGUUCCAACUACAGAAUCAUCUACGGAAUCAUCAGCCACGACAAAGACAGGGCCUACAUCUCCUAUUUACCCUGGAUCAACUCUUUCCCACAUAAUUACAUCUGGUCGCUCCACAACCGCUUCUUCACAGACCACAGGUAAAACAUCGAUUACCUCCUCAACUUCGAUAUCAAGACCAACAUCUCAAUCAACCAGUACAUUAUCAACAACGACAUCGCCUCCAAAAACAACAUCGGCAACAUCUACAGCCAGCAGCAUAACCCCUGGCGGAUCCACAGAUUCAGCAACACCUUCGUCCUCUGUCCAACCAACCACAUUUUCCACAACAUUAAGCCAAACUGCGACUAAAUUCACCAGCUCAAGCAGUGCUGUGACAACUGCAACACCAACAUACUCCACAACAUCCCCAUCGUCAAGGACAACAGUUACAAGCACAAAGACAACGCCAACAAUCACAAGGACGCCUACAUCAACUGGAAAGACCACAAGUUCAGUCUCUAGUCCAGGCCCCAGUGUAUCAUACACAUCCCCACCCUCUCUAUCCCCCACGUGGACCACGGUUCCAGGAACGCCCAACGAAACAUCUGCCACGACAGUAACUGCAGUGACAUCUAAUAUGUCAACCUCACCAGCCACAACCUCAACCGGCGUCACCACGGCGCUACAGACAACAAAUACAACAACUGCUUUGGGCACCACACUAGCUCCAGCGGACACCUGUCCAGAAAAGACAUACUACAUCGGGGUUGGAGUUGCAGCAACGCUCGCGGGAGGAGGAGUGCUGCUUGCUGGGUUCUAUAUAGUUAAAGCCAUCAAGAAAAUGAUGAACACGGCCAGAUAUAACAUGAACAGAAUCUACCCCGACAUCGAGGUACCGGACAGUGUGGCAGCAAUUAAGUUCAACCCCAGACCAAAGAUUCAAUAAGAGAGGAAGUUUCUGGGAACGCUUCCUGUAGUGUCAGUCAAUGAAGUUGCAAUUAUCACAUAAAGGCCUUUACUCCAUGCGGAAUGGAACAUUGUCACGUGUAAGGAUUCAGUCGGAGACCUGGGUUCUCUGACAGUGUAAACAGAAUAGUGCUUCCAUAGCAGCUGGAUUCCUGGUGUUUGGUCAAGAUGUGUCUCAGUGCUUAUCGAGACUGGUUAUUCUCUGGCGUUGACAUUUUAUAUUUACAAGAUGGUCGUGGCUUUAAGAUUGUCAUAUUUUUUAAUGUGGCCUAAUGGUCGUCCAUGUUCACAAGGUGUUUGUCGCUCUUUGUCGUAUAGGCCACACUUAAACCCUGUGUCUGGUUGUAUCGCGUUAACAGAUGUGUCAUCGUUCAUACACUGACGGGGCACGGGUGGCCCAGUGGUCAAAGGAGCCGCGAUUCACUGUGUAGAGUUGCGUCCCUUGGACACGCCAGAAACCUAUGAUGGUGGAUUCGAAUCCCGGCUCGCCCCGAAUAUGUUUC